AUGACUGAGGCAGAGAGACGGCUGUGAUCUCACUGGAUUUUUCCCUGCCUUACUCGGCGCGAGAAAGAGCAGGAUGCUGCAGCCGGAGGACAGAGGAGGCUGGAGGAAGGAUGUGAGGUGGAAAAGUACAGAGGAGCACAGGAAGAGUCGAACAAAAAGAAGGGAUGGAGAAGUGACACUGAAGCGGUCAGGCACGAGGCGGCGCUACCACGAUGAUGGCAUCUCAGACGACGAGAUUGAGGGAAAGAGGACCUUUGACCUGGAGGAGAAGCUGCGGAGUGAUCGCUUUAGCUCCGACCGGGUCAAGCGGCUCGUCGGGAAAGAGUUCAACUUUGAAUACAUCCAGAGGGAGGGACUUCGCGACCCCAUCAUCUUUGAGAGGCCGGAUGGACUGGGCAUCAAGAUGCCAGACCCUGACUUCAGCGUCAAUGAUGUGAAAAGUUAUGUAGGCAGUCGGCGGGUGGUUGACGUGAUGGAUGUGACCACUCAGAAGAACAUCGAGAUGUCCAUGGCACACUGGAGGCGGUACUAUGAGACACCACCCGCCCAGAGAGAAAAGCUGUACAACGUCAUCAGUCUGGAGUUCAGCCACACUAAACUAGAGAACCUAGUGCAAAGGCCUGCAACGGUGGACAUCAUUGAUUGGGUGGACAACAUGUGGCCCCGGCACCUGAAGGAGCGACAAAGAGACUCCACCAAUGCCAUCAUAGACAUGCAGUACCCCAAAGUCCAGAAAUAUUGUUUGAUGAGUGUGCAGGGCUGCUACACAGACUUCCACAUUGACUUCGGGGGCACGUCUGUCUGGUACCACAUACUGCGAGGAGGAAAGGUGUUCUGGCUGAUCCCACCCACACCGCAGAACCUGGAGCUCUAUGAGAACUGGGUGCUGUCGGGCAAACAGGGGGACAUUUUCCUGGGGGACAAGGCCACCGACUGCCAGAGGAUAGAACUCAAGCAGGGAUACACAUUCAUCAUACCAUCAGGCUGGAUCCAUGCAGUCUACACGCCAGUGGACACACUGGUCUUUGGUGGGAACUUCCUGCACAGUUUUAACAUCCCUAUGCAGCUCAACAUCUACGGCAUAGAGGACCGCACACGGGUCCCUGCCAAGUUCCGCUACCCAUUCUACUAUGAAAUGUGUUGGUAUGUCCUGGAGAGGUACCUGUUCAGCCUGACCAACACUUCACACCUGACUCCAGAGUUCCAGAAACACUCUCUGGGGAUUGGUCUAAAGCGAGAGGCCUCCAGUGAAGACAGUGAAAAUCUUAAUGGACACACCAAAGAGGAAGAUGAUGAGGAUGAUGAGAAGCCGCCCUCUCCCCUCAUCAAUCCUGGGGUCAAAGUUCACCUGACUGCGUUUGAGCUGGAGGGGCUGUGGAGCCUGCUGGGGAAGCUGGAGUCCCUGCCCUCCCAUAAGAAGUGUGUCCCUGCUGGCAUCCACAACGCACCCGCCCUGCUGCAUGACAUCAGGGCACUGCUAAAGGAACAUGCUAGUGACAUCCCCAAACUAUCCUACACUGGAAAACCCAUUGUGAAGUGGCCAAGGAGGCCCUCGUGGUAUCAGCCUCCUCCUCCCCCGGCCCCUGUGGGGCGCCCCCGCCUGUCCGGCACGGUGGUGACGCCACGGCCGGUGAAGCCACCCUCGUCCAUGUCGGUGCUGCGGCGGAGGCGCGUGCGCUGCAAGCGCUGUGAGGCCUGUCUGCGCACCGAGUGCGGCGAGUGCAACUUCUGCAGAGACAUGAAGAAGUUUGGCGGCCCCGGCAAGCUCAAGCAGACAUGUGUGCUUCGCCAGUGCCUGGCGCCUGGCCUGCCCCUGUCUGCAGCGUGUGAAGUGUGUGGGGAGGGGAACCCUGAGCCUGGCGAGUCCCAGACCUUCUCCCUCAUGCUCAUGGAGUGCUCCAACUGUGCACAGAUCGCUCACCCUGGGUGCCUUAAGGUGCCAGGAGACGGCGUGGUAAAUAAAGACCUGCCCAGCUGCUGGGAAUGCCCCAAGUGUGUCCUGGACCAGGGCAAUAACUCUGAGUCGUCGGGCAGCGGUGACGACGGCCUGGCGAGCAGGAGUCUGCUCCUGCUGCCCGCGGCCCAGCGGCUCCUGGCGCCCGAGGGGCCCGCGCUGGGCCGGCACGCCCAGGGAGCCGGGGCCGUGUGGCGAAGGGCGGGCCGCCCCCCUUCCUCCUCCUCCUCUCCUCUCCCUCUCGCCCAGGGCUCGCCACGGCAACGGGCGGCCACCCUGGAGCAGCAGCGGCGGCUCAGGAAGAGGAUUAAGUUGGAGCGGAAGAAAAUCCACAUGAAACGGAAGUCUUCCUCACUGGAUGGUCGUCCCGCUAAGUUGUAUCGCCGGCGAGGCAACGAAGAUGAUGACGACUCGGGCAGUGACGACGACGAUGACGACGAGGGCUUGCGACCAAGCGGCAGAAAGAUGUCCAUUCAUGUCCGUGGUGGGACUUCGGCUGGUCGUCGUGGUUAUGGUGCUGGGAGGCGGGGCAUGUGGAGAGGCACCUCCCACCGUGGCAGGGGACGAGGCGGUGGAUUGGCUCCCAGCUCUGGGCUGAAAAUGAGGCGCGGCUUUGGGGUCCGAGGCGAGAGAGGCGGCCGGGUCAGACUCCGCGGUGGAGCAAGGAUGCAGCGGCGACGCUACGAAUCCGAUGAUGAUGACGACGACGACGAUGAUGACGACGACGACGACGACGACGAUGAUGAUGACGACGAUGAUGACGAUGAAAGCGAUGAAGAGCACAUGGGCCACACAGAGAAAGGGCACCGGCGGCGGCGAAGGAGACGCAGAAGGAGAGGGGACGACGAUGAUGAUGAUGAUGAUGACGACGAUGAAGACAGCGAGGACCGGGACCUGGACGGAGAGGAUGAGGAUAUGGAAGACAUGGAUGAAGAUGGUGAGGAGAAGGAUGACGAAGACGACGAUGAAGACGAUGACAACCAGACAGACUCGGAGCCCGAGCCGCCCGUGCUGCUUGUGUCGGACCUGAAUGACGAGCUGCUCAAUGGCUCGUACCUGACGGUAACCCUGCAGCGGCCCACCAAGGCCAAGCGCGACCCCGGCUCCAUCGUGCCCAAGUUGGAGGCCGCCAUGUCCCCGCGGGCGCCCGCCGGCAGCCAUCCCGGUGCAGGCUUCGUCCAGCGCAAGACCCUGCACAAGGCGCGCCACAAGAACAACGGCGGUGCCACGGGCAACGGCCUCACUCAGUCCAAGGGCGGAGCGUUGGCGGCGGCAGGCAGACACGCGCGCCACGGCAACCACCGGCACCACCACCACCAUCACGGUGAGAGGGACACAGCGUCACCGUCCAGCUCGGCGUCCUCCCGCUCCUCUGUGUCGCCCACACCGCCCCCGCCCUCCUCCUCUGCCUCUCCUCCCUCGCUCCUCUCCCAUCCCUCCUUCCGGGAGGUGGGGAACGAGCCAGGUGGCGAGAAGGAGGUGUGGGUGUCUGUGUUCCACUACCUGACGCUCACGGAGCUCAGCGUCUGCAUGACCGUCUGCAAGGCCUGGUACAAGUGGGGCUGUGAUAAGCGUCUUUGGACCCACAUAGACCUCAGCCGCUGCCGCUCUCUGACCUCUCAAGCCCUCUCUGGCAUCAUUAAGCGCCAGCCAGUGAUUCUUGACCUCUCCUGGACACCCAUUUCCAAAAAGCAGCUCUCCUGGCUCAUCCACCGAAUGCCAGGCCUGAAGGAUCUGCUGGUGGCCGGCUGCUCCUGGCUGUCCGUGUCGGCACUCAGCUCCUCCAGUUGCCCCUACCUGCGUACCCUGGAUCUGCGCUGGGCCGAGGGGGUCCGAGAUGGACAGAUCAAAGACCUGGUCACACCACAAGGCAACGAGUCACGCAGCCGACUGCGGGGCAUGCAGACCCUACGCCUGUCCGGUCUGGACAUCAGCGACUCGACGCUGCGGCUGCUGCUCAGGCACAUGCCCCUGCUGCAGCGGCUGGACCUGGCCCACUGUCGGGCCAUCACUGACCAGUCCAUCAACCUGCUCACUGCCACAGGCUACCCUACCCGCCACACCCUCACCGAGCUCAACCUGGCAGGUUGUCAUAAGCUGACCGAUGCGUGUCUGCAGUUCCUGAAGCGUGCGUCUGCGCUGCAGCUGCUGGACCUGCGGGGCUGUAAGGGGGUGACACGGCGCGCCUGCGAGAGCUUCAUCUCCGACCUCUCCUACUGCACCUACUUCUGCAUGACGGACAACAAGCUCAUCCAGAGGAUAUCCUAACAGUGUGUGCCCCACACACACACACACUAUCCACAUGCGCCCACACUCCCCCCCUCUUCAACACACACCUGACCGCAGCAGCCGUCACCGUAAAACACCCACAAAUCCUCCUCGAUGUCGAUGACAAGAGUGAGUGAGAGAGGGAGGGAAGAAGCUGCAGCAGCAGCGGCUCCUCUUAACAGUGUCUGGGGCUGGAUGGUCACGAGGAGUGGUGAAGUGAGUGACCAGUGGGACUUCCCUUGAGAUGGCGUCAUGGAUGGGAUGGCUGGCAGACAGCGAUCUGAUGGCUCCUCAGAGAGAGAGGGAGAGAGAGGUACUCUAAUGUCUGAGCUGGGCUCAAGUUUUUUUAAGACUGAGCACUGGGCCUAUACGACGAGAGUCCUCACUGUGUGUGUGUGUGUGUGUGUGUCUGUCCGUAACCAGAGGAGAGCGAGCUGUGUUCAGUAGAUGAGAACAGCUGUUUGAUGAACAGCUGAAAGUCCAGCCAGUGGGAGCGGAGCGUCUCGUAGCAUUGCUAUGUAGGGGAUGAGGUUUGAGGCCAGCGGCAGUGAGCCUUGCAGUACGUACGCAAGGCAUCACAUUCUGAGGCGGUGGUGAGGACCUUUUCCUUAUGCCUCCACCAGUGCCUUCACCAGAACCUGAGGUAGCACAGGCCUGAUGGACCGCCAGUCAAAGUGUGUGUGUUGGCCUACCCUCUGUGGGGUGUCCGGUGGAAGGGCCCACACUCCAAGCCUGGUGCCAACUGAGAACUCUGCUUUCAGCCAAACUCGCUGUGUGGUUUUUACACAGCCUCCCUCAUCGUGUCUCCAUUCUCUCAACUCCUUUUCUGUGUUUUUGUCCUGGGGUGUCUGUUCUACAAUUCCUGUACAUCUUCAAAAACCUCUCCCCAAACUUCACUUUGGACAGCAUCUUAAUAGGUCUUCAUUCUGCAACACCAACACUGUUCUCAAUAUCUUUUGUUCUUUUUUGCAGCAUUUACAUUGAGUGGUACAUUGCUCUGUCUUUUACCCUGCUGUACCUGUAGUCUCAAUUAAGGGUUGUUCAUAUUUUCUGUGUAAAUUGUUUUGCCCUGUUAUUAAAAACCUGACUUUAUAGUAA